AUGGCCUCCGAUUUCGAGAAACAGAGCUACUGGCACAAGCGCUUUUCGUCCGAAAAAGCCUUCGAAUGGCUUCUUCCGUCGGCUGAUUUCAUGCCGCUGGUAAAGCCCGUUCUCGAUCGGCUCGACCCGGCAACGGCCCGCAUCCUCCACAUCGGCUUCGGGACAAGCGACCUGCAGAAUCAUUUCCGGUCACGGGGGUUCCGCGACAUUCUCAACGUCGACUAUGAACCACUCGCCAUUGAUAGGGGUCGCGAUCUCGAAGAGCAAGCUUUUGGAGAUGUUCAAAUGCGAUAUGAUGUGCAAGACGCUACACAACUAGAUCUGUGCGAGAAGUUUGAUCUUAUUGUUGACAAGAGCACGGUUGAUGCGAUUUCAUGUGGUGGUGAGAUGGCGCUGCGGCGGAUGGCUGCUGGUAUCAAGGGCUGUCUCGCGGGCGGCGGUGUUUGGAUUUCGUUCAGCUAUUCGGCCUAUCGAUUUGACCUGGAUGACUUUCCGUUUGACGUUGAAGUCCUUGCCAAAGUCUUGACGCAAAAAAUGUUGCCGAAUGAUCCAGAUAUAUAUCACUGGUGUUAUCUUCUUCGGCCGAAAAGAGACACGGCUCUGGAUUCGCCUAUAAGUACGGACGACAACCCUGCGGGAGAAGGCUGA